CUCUAAUAAAUAUAUUAUUUCUUCGGAGAAAAUAAAUUUGCCAGUUCAGUCCUGAAGUUGGGUCAGAAAACUUUUCUCGAAAAACAGAAUGAAGUCUGUUAUUGUUUUCGCCUUAGUUGCCAUCGUCUUCUUGCAUUUCAAGACAACCUCUUCAAAAAUAAUUAUCCCAAGGGAAUUUGAGGAUAGUGAGAAUGCUGAAGAUCACAUCGAUCAUGUCAAAUACAUCCUGACAAGAAAUUCAGACCCCAACAAGAGAACUGCAUCUUCUGUUAGUGCUAACUCCGCUGACCAGUGCGAGGCACCUGAUAACGCCAAUAUCAAAACCGUAGUCACUAACAAAAUUGUACCAGUCAACUGGGUGAACCGCCCUCUCUGUUCACUAGUGAGAGUACCUGUGAAGAUAGAGACACGCAAACAUUCGAACCCCUUCCCGUCUUACGUCAGACUUAGCCGGUGCAUGGGCUCAUCUCAGUGGCUACCAACUCUCCAGCAUUGUACAGUCAAGAGAAAAGAACUGAUAACUGUCAUGUACAUGGAUGCUUUCGCCAACUAUCAGGAGUUUGGUGCCAAGAUGUAUAAUCACACAGAGUGCGAAGAAGAGUGCAUCGUCAAACACCACCACUGUAACCCGGUAACAGAGAAGUACCAAGACUGUCAGUGUAAGUGUAUCAUAAACGACUCGUAUUGUGACAGCUCCUACCAAACAUUCGAUAAGUAUCUUUGCGGGUGCCGGUGUAACACGGUCAGACAGUGUUCCAUGUACCGAGAAUGGAACCCAACUACGUGCAAAUGCCAGUGUGCGAAGAGUAUCAGAGAUAUGUGCGAGAAAGUAAACUUUGUCAUUGAUGAAUCUACUUGUUCGUGCGUAUUACCACCACCACCACAACCAACCACGACUGCUCCACCA